CUACUUCUAUUUGUUUGGGUAUACCAAUACAAACACAGCUGCAACCCAUAACUGCGUCUAUGAUGAUUUUCCUCUCUUUCGUCCUUCCCCACAUUCUCCACUCCUCCACACGUCCCGUCCCCCUCUCCAACACCAGCCUUUUCCCUCUUGGCCGACUGCCAAACGACUCUCAGUUCAGUAGUACACUGGAGCAAUUGCUUAGAGUAUGGGUGCAACAUGUAUCUGUGCUUUCCUAUACGUAUCUGUGUAGCUGCAUGCGAGCGUGAGAGAGUUUGUCUAGCUUUGGGGUGUGAGUGGGUGAGAGGGGGAGGGGGAGCGAUCGAAGUCAUGUGCAUGCCUUUUGUUGGGGUAGUUCGCCGGCAAAUAAAUGAAAUAGAAGAGAGCCGAAUGCCAUGUAGUGGAAACUUGCUUGAGUAGACGAUACCGUUCACAGGAAGAAAGAGGUAUGACGUUGAAUUCCUUGAAAAACAGAGUUUUUUUUCAUAAAGGCAUUGUUGAUAAGCAAAUACUACGACUAUAUUAAUGAAAAUCAAUUUACAUGUGUAAGUCUAUCCUACUUGAAAUGAGAGAUAUGAUUUAGAUGGACAGAACAGAACAUAACAUUUAGAUGUUUUAGCUCACUUCAAACUAAUAACUAAUGCUCUAAUCCGUUCAUCGCACUGACACUUUAGUCUGGAAUCCGUUUUCAUUGAUGCAAUCAAUAUAUCUCGCACUCGAAUUCGAAUUAAUUGGCUCGUCGUCGGAACUAGUUCAUUCUUAUUCGUUUUAUCCCAUGGCAUAACAGAAUUGAAACCGAAACAGUUGUUGCAGUGCACAGAUAGAUAACACAUAAUGUAUCUGAGCAUCACUCUCCAGCUAUAUAGUCUACGUGUGUGUAUCUAUGUGCAUUUAGCGAGCGAGAUAGCUGGCUAGAAAACAGAAACAAAAAAGGAGAAAAACUUGUCUACAUGCCUGUCGCUCGAGCUGCAAAAUUUAUGCGAAGACACACAAAUCCACUGAACGACCGACCGACAACGCUGCCGAUGGUUGUUGCUGUUGCUGUUGCGGUGUUGGUGUUUUUGUUUUUAUACCCAUAGACAGACUGCACCAAUCUGCUUCACAACCCAUGCCCCCGCUCACCAGCCGCACGAGCGUUUUAAAUGCGAAAAACGCCGACACAGAUGCAGAGAGAAAAAUAUCUUACAUUCACGUAAGUAAGAAAAACGUUGCACACCAAUACUUCAAAUAUACAAAGAUAUUAUUUCUCAUGUAGUUUCAGUUUCUUGGGCUUAGUUCAUGAUGUUUUAAACGCGCACGAACGUUGUAUUAUUUUGUUAAAUUUUUUUUGCUAAUCUGGUUUGCCUUGUGUGGUGGUGGCUUGAUUUGCUUCGCUUCGGAUCAGAGCGGUUCGGUUUGUCUUUUGGUGCGAUUUUGACUUUGAAUCGGGUGCCACAAGAAGCAGAAGCAGAGGGCGGGCGUAGAAAGGAGGCAAAGUCAGGUUUAAUGUCGUUCAAUGGCGCGGCGACGUUUUGCAGUUGAGGUAGUCGGAGCCGCGAGGCAAAGACUGGGGGCAGUCGGCAAUGGGAGGGCGUGGAGCGGGCAGAAAAAGUGGGCUUAGGCCGUUCGUGGGCAAAGAGGAAUAAAAGACUCGACGUUGGGCAAAUAGGCGAAGAUUGGCGGUUGUUUACCGAUAAGCGCCCAUGAAUGGGUGACGGCAGCAGUCGGCAGACCAAAGGAGAGCAAGUGCCACAUAGUUAUCCAGGCGGACUGUAUGUACCGAUUUUGCAUUAUAAGUACAUGGCCGAGUCGCACGGUGGGUGAAAAGGUCAUAUACAGACACAGUGGGCCGAAUUGAACAAGUGUAACAAGAAUUACAUGGGUUUGGAUAUGUUGUCUUGUCUAGUUCUGUAUAUUUUCAAAAGAAAUAACACUAAUCCGACGGGUUGAGUCCAGUUUAUGCAUUAUAACUAACUUGCAAGAUAAUUAAGAUUCGUAUAUAAAAAUUCGUAUGUAUAAAAUAAAGGUAAUUUGAGUCAUUUCUAACACUAUAAAUUUUAUAGUUUGUUGUUAAUCAGGAUCACUAGCCGCCGAGUCGAUCUAGUCCUAAUUGCAGUUAGGCAAAAAGGAUUUUGAAGCCGAGAUUGCUUCAGUCAUUAUACAUAUCCUAGAAUUGGACCUGAAAUCCAUAUUCUUCGUCUGUGCAGCGUGUUUGAAAGUUAGGCGCAUAACAUAAAUACGGUAACCAAUUAAACGUCUGCAUACCGACAUUUGAUGGAUUGUCGACGAAAAUAAACGUUGAUUAAAACAUAUACAUAUGUAAUUUUUUGAUAUUUUGCUAUGUAAAACAAAUUAUUUGGGGCUUUAGCGGCACAAGAAGAUUUCAUAUAUUCCAAUGUUUCGUGUUUUUAUGUUGACUCGCAUGACAUUAUUUGAUUAAAAGCGACAAUUGUAAGCCUUGUUGGCAUUGGAGUAAUACCAAACGAGCUUCUAACGUUUAUGUACAGUAUGUAGAUGUUGGCAUCCUGGGUGUCAACAAUUCUGAUCAUAAUGCUCACUGGCAUCUAGUCCCUCCCUCAGAUUGCAUACUAAGCAGAAAACCGGCGUGCGUACAUAAUUGGCGUGCCCUUGUCGCGCCAGUUAUCGAUAACUAUUUCCUGCACAGUUAAACUGGAACGCAAUACGGCCAAAACAAAAAACUCAUCAGUAUUCAGGAGGCUGGGGGAACUGAGCUCUUGUUGUUAGCGCAAGUGCCAACUCAUUGGCUUAGCAGCUGUAAGCGUUGGGUGCUGUAAUUGCAGCACGCGCUGCUGCUUUUCCCGGGGGCUAGGAACUGAUGCUCCAGUAAGCACCUGUCAACAUUGGCUGAUAAAAAGCUUCUGGCUACAGAAAUAGCCAUGCACUUGCCACAACGCAGUCUGUGUCGUCCGUAUUUGGGGUCCCCCCAAGCUCCCUCCCAUCCAGACUUACCCCUCAGGCCACCCAACGAACUAAGGCAAAUUUGUGAUAAUUAUUUUUAAAGUGCACAUAUUUAAUCAAGUGUGGAUUGGGCUGCUCUGCUAUGUAGUACAGUGUAUGUAUGCAUGUCAAACAAUUAAUUAGUGCAAAUUUCUUUCUUUUAAGGGAUUAAUAAACCUAAUUCGACACACACAAUGGUUUCGAGUUCAAGGCAAAUCAAAUUUUAAAUAAUAUAAACGAUACUUUAAGAAAGAAUAUUUAAAUAUCUUUUGAAAUUCCAAUAGAUAUUGGCAAAUCAUAAAUUCAAAUUAAAUCGAAGUACUCGACUUUCCGGGCUUUACAAUUUUCUGAGGAUUGUGAGAGAGGUUAUCAACUCGGCUGGUAAUCUGCUUUGAUCAAGAAUGUACAAAGGAUAAAGUUAUGGAUCGUUUCCUUCUGUAUAUAUACUAAACUAAAAUAAAUUGAAGAGUGUGCAGCUACUAAGGGUAAAGGGAAUAGGAGAUUCUGUAAAUAAAAUCACUCUGUGAAAAGCCCACCAAAAGUUCAAUGCACGAAUCGCGACGCAGUUGCUGCGGUUCUUGAUUAUUUUGGUGUUUUGGCUAAUUAAGUCAUAAAACGGGAAACCCCAGACACGCACACGAACAAACGCAAAAACAACGAAAAAUUAUAAAAAUAUUAGUUAAAAGAAAAGCAUUCACUAACACUAGACAUAUUGCAAACAGUACAUAUACUUUUCAUUUUAUGUUAUUAAGUUAGCCGCUACUAAAAUUAUCGAAUAAAAUCAAAUUAAAUUUUCAAAGUACACAGACCACGCUCAAAAAUAAUCCUAAAUGAAUUAAAUUUUUUAAAAUUAAUACGCAGUUUGAACAAUUUAAAUCCACACUUAGCAAAGUUAUAUUAUUUACUGUUGAUUAUUAACUUAAAAACGUUUGAAUAACAGGCUUCGAGAGACCUUUCAUGGCUAGACUUUAGUUUGUUUAUCUUUAAAUGUAUUUCCCCCACCGUAAUCUCAAGCAAACACAACAAAAACACGAGCAUUUUAAGUACGGAAAGCAACACAUAAGAAGGACUAAUGUGGAACGCAUCCUCGAUCCUGGAAGGGCUAGAACAUGAGCAACGAGUAAACGCGGACCUGCGCGGCAAGAGCGUGUUCAACUUGUGCGUGAUCUUCUUGUGGAUAUUUCUGUGCAUCUACGUCCUGUCCAAGCUAACCCAACUCGUGGAGCUGUUUCUGUGCCAGCGGCUACUUGGCCAGAAGCAAUGGUACGACGUCCGCACGAUCAAAUCCGAGUGGGAGCAGACCCUGCAGCUUUAUGAGGACGACAAGAGCGAGCUGGACGCACAGGUGCGCGAGUUGCGAGAAAGGAACCUGAGUUUGGAGCGCUUGAUGGCGGACCUGCGAGACUACAACAUCCACUUGAUCAGCGAAAACUUUAUGCUGUCCGUGAUGCACGAACAGAAACCAAGGCCGGCCGAGCCAAACAUCUACAUCACCAACAGCCACUUCCACCUCACUCGCCAGAUGUUUCUGAACGAGAGUCAAAUCAAUCUCAACGUCCUUGACGCUGGCGAGAAAGGAGCCUCCGGGGAGGGCAAGAAUGUCUGGCUGCAGUAUCUAAGGAUGCGCAAAUGCUAUAUGAGCCCGAUUGCCGAUCCGAAUUUGGUAGAUCCCAGCACCACCAAGCAGGUCCUUCCAAUUGUUAUGAGCACCGAGCAGUUGGCCGAAAUGCAAGGCAUGAUAUAGUUGGUUUUAAGUUAUAUGCAAACAUAAAUCUCGAUUGUUGUAUUGAUCACAGAGAAAAAAAAAGUUCAAAAAAAUAUAUUUAAAUUAAUCGCUCUACAUUGUCAUUUAUUUUAAUUAAUUGCUCUACAUUGUCAUUAAUAUUAAACGGAAAGAGUGCAAACCUCGGUCAACAUUUUUGUUACUAUCCUUGCAGUUUAAUUAUUAUUAAAUAUAAUUAUGGUUUUCUCGCUUGUUUCUUUUUCGAUUUGAAACGUAGAAUCUGUAGUAACAGUAUACUAGCAUU